CUUCUCUUCAUUUCUCUCUACGUCUCUCUAACCCUCCCUCUCUCUUCUUAUCUCCGCAAGAGACGUCACUUCAAUUUACCAAAACAGACCAUAAGAAGGAACAAAAGAAGAAAAAGGAUUCCUUAGGGUUUUUCAAUAUGAUGCAAGAAAUGUGGAAUGCACCACCUGGUUUUAGACCAACAAAAUCUGCACCAACUUCACCAGCAAAGCCGCUUGGUGUUUCAAGAACUCGCUCUGAGUCAUUUCAUGCUAUCCACAAAGUCCCUGUUGGUGACUCUCCUUAUGUUAGAGCCAAAAAUGUUCAGUUGGUUGAUAAAGAUCCAGAGAAGGCAAUACCUCUAUUUUGGGCGGCAAUAAAUGCUGGGGAUAGAGUGGAUAGUGCAUUGAAAGAUAUGGCUAUUGUUAUGAAGCAACAGAAUAGGGCUGAUGAAGCAAUUGAGGCUAUCAAAUCUUUACGACAUCGGUGUUCAGAUCAAGCCCAAGAGUCUCUUGAUAACAUUCUUCUUGAUCUUUACAAGAGAUGUGGAAGAUUGGAUGACCAAAUAGCAUUGUUGAAGCACAAGCUAUACAUGAUUCAACAAGGGUUAGCUUUCAAUGGAAAAAGAACAAAGACUGCAAGGUCUCAAGGGAAGAAAUUUCAGGUUUCUGUGGAACAAGAAGCAACUAGGUUAUUGGGGAACUUGGGAUGGGCAUUGAUGCAACAAAACAAUUACAUUGAAGCAGAAGAUGCCUAUAGAAGGGCACUUGCUAUUGCACCUGACAACAACAAGAUGUGCAAUCUUGGGAUUUGUUUGAUGAAACAGGGGAGAAUUAGUGAGGCUAAAGAGACAUUGCGCAGAGUGAAACCAGCAGUGGUUGAUGGGCCACGAGGUGUAGAUUCACAUCUCAAAGCCUAUGAAAGGGCACAGCAGAUGCUCAAUGACCUUGAAUCUGAGAUGAUGAACAUAGGAGGCGAUCGGGUUGAACAAAGUAGGCUCUUUGAUGCAUUUCUUGGUUCUUCAUCAAUUUGGCAGCCUCAGCCUUGUAAGGAUCAUCAUAGUGUCUUGCCAACAACCAAUGCAAAAUCUUCUCAUGAUGAUUUCUCCGAUGAGAAUGUCGAUUCCAAUAUAGUAGCAAAUUGUGCCCAGAUGGUGCUUCCUCAACAGAAAACUAUCAAACAGCUCACUACUCCUCCUUUAGGGAAUUUAUGGAAUGUUGAUGCACCUCCAUUCUAUUCCUCCAAAUUGGUAAAGGAGCCAAUUAAGGAACCAAUUGGGUAUCAAUUCCAUGAUAAACUUAAGAGGACAAGGUCAGGAAAUGCUACUAGUUCAAACAGAAAGAUUGAAAUGGGGUUGUUCGCUGCACCAUCUGUCGAACCAGAAAACCCAGAAACAAAGACGAGGAGACUAUCAGACGAAACAGAAGACAAGGUGUCACAGUUGUUGCCAGAUAAUGAUGACUUUGAAGAAGCCAUCCUUGCAGCCGUUCUAGGUCCUGCAAGAAAUGCAGGGAAAACAGCAGGGAAGGUAGUUGAAACUGCAAAUUCUGGGACCUUUCAGCAGAAGAAGAUGGAAAAGCGACUCAAGGUUUUCCAGGACAUCACCCUCUCUCUCAGCCCAAGAGCCUGACUUAACUUAGUUACCAGCCUUAACUAAUUUAAACUUAAAGAGUUGAUACUUUUAAAUCUAGGAUGGAGGAGAUAAACUUGUUCUCCUUGACCCUGCUCCUCUUUAGAGGAAGGAGUUACGCAGUGCGGCAGUGGGGUGGAAGCAUUAGCAAGCAAGAUUUUUUGUGGGUAUUUCACUACACACACAAGCAUGUGAUCUAUUUAUUUCAUUUAUUGUCAGCCUCUUGAAUAAGGCGCAUGUUAACUUGAUAAUAAGUCAAUGUCACAUCUCUUGUAGUUCUAUCCUAUGAAAAAGAAGAUGGUGAUUGAUUCA